AUGAGUCCACAGAGAUUAUUGGAAUAUCUUCUCUCAAUAGUUUCAUAUGCAGUGGCUCUGUUGCUGGGUGUUGGCAUGUGCCUCUUGUCAAUUUUGUUGUCAAGUUAUACACAGAAGUCACCGUAUUCAAAACGGCACAAGGCUGUGAUGCAAUAUUAUGAAACUCAAGUGUACGAUGUCUUCGUAACAAAAGGUAACACAGCUGUCCUGAAGUGUCAUAUACCAAGCUUUGUAAAGGAGUACGUAUCAGUAAUGUCUUGGAUGAGGGACGAUGGGCACAUUAUACAUGCCGAAAUCGCUUCUGGUGGACGGUACAGUGUAUUUCCAACAGGAGAACUCUACAUACGACAAGCAGAUCAAACACUAGAUGGCAUGAGGAGGUACUAUUGCCAAACAAAACACAGGAUCAGUGGGGCAAUCAAACAAAGUAGUUCUUCUGGCAAGCUUAUCAUCACAGAUCCGCACAGCACAUUUCCACCACGUAUAAUUGAUAGAAGAUCCAAUAUCGUCGUAAAGCAAGGUAGCACUGUAGAACUACCAUGUGCUGCUGAAGGGAAUCCUAUUCCUCAGAUACAUUGGAUGAAACUAGACAAAAGCCUCGCUGUACGUAUUUCUAAAGCACAGCGUUACGUACAGAUUGGUGGAACUCUUAUUAUUAGAAGGGCAGAGCCAGAGGAUAGCGGGAAAUAUGUGUGCUACGUCAACAACAGUGUUGCGGAUGAAAGAGUAGAUACAGAACUUUUAGUAACAGCCCCCUUAAAAGCAAAUAUAAGCCCAAAACAAGUAACAGCUGAAGAGGGUGAAUCCGUCAUUUUCAACUGUUCGAUCAAAGGACAUCCCGUUCAUUCCGUAACCUGGGUAAAGAAUCUACACCCGGUUGUGGCAAACAGCAGAGUGAGGUACUUGUCACGAGAUUUGCUUCAGGUCGCUCCCAUUGUGAGAGAAGACAAAGGAAUGUACCAAUGUUUUGUCACGAACGAUUUUAGUAUGGCUCAAGGCACAGCGGAGUUAAAUCUUGGAGAUGAUCCACCAGUUCUUGCUUAUACAUUCUCCGAACAAACAUUAGAACCAGGCUCCUUCUUGUCUUUAAAAUGCACUGCCACUGGAACACCUUUGCCGCAAAUAACGUGGACAUUAGAUGGAUUCCCUGUUACAGAAGGUUUGAGGACGAGAGUGGGUGACUUCGUAACAAGUGACGGCUUUGUCAAUAGCUUUGUGAAUAUCACAAGGUUGCAGCCUGAAGACGGAGGAACUUACGAAUGUCUUGCCUCUAACGACAUUGCUUCAGUUGGUCACUCAGGAAAGCUUAAUGUAUAUGGUCCACCUUUUGUCAAGCCAAUGAGAAAUAUAUCGGUUCUUGCUGGAAAUACAUUAGUCAUUCGAUGCCCAGUAUCUGGUUAUCCAGUGGAAAAAAUAAUCUGGGAAAAAGGCGAGAGCAAACUUCCCCAGAAUCGAAGGCAGCAGGUUUUCACUAAUGGAACAUUGAUCAUCAAUAACGUAGAUAGGAACAGUGAUGAAGGCACCUAUAGAUGCAUAGCGGAGAACAGAGAAGGGGAGAGUGCCUUUAGGGACGUUGGAGUCAAAGUCCUAGUUGCUCCAGUGAUCAAUCCAUUCCACUUCCCUCCAAAUUUGAAAGAAGGAAACCGGGUGAUUAUCACGUGUUCAGUCAUGGAUGGAGAUCCACCCAUUACGUUGUUGUGGUUCAAAGAUAAUCAACUUCUCAGGGACAACAUCAACACACUUAUCGACAACUCAAAUGAAUUCAUGUCCACUCUUUUCUUGAAAAGAGUAACUUACGAAAAUAAUGGAAACUAUACUUGCGUUGCAUCAAACAAAGCCGACAAGGUUAAUUACACUGCAUCUAUGAUUGUUAAUGUUCCUCCUCAGUGGAAAAUACCUCCAUCUGAUAAAUCAGUCGUGGUCGGACAAAAUGUUGUUAUUGAUUGCCAAGCUGACGGCUUUCCACAACCUAGGAUAUGGUGGGAAAAAUCUGAAG